AUGCACUUUUCUACACUCAUUAUCCUAUCCGCCACCUUGGCCAACCAUGCUCUGGCCGGGUAUGUCUUGGAAGAUGACUACAUGUCGGCAGGAUUCUUCGAUCAGUUCUCGUUCUGGGAUGGCGAGGAUCCCACGCAUGGUUUUGUGGAAUAUCAAAGCAGAUCCUCGGCGCAGAAUAUGGGGUUGAUCAAUGGCACGUCUGGCAACAUUCAAAUGAGUGUGGAUAGUAUCAACAAUACUCCUCACGGGRGACCAAGUGUUCGAAUCACGAGUAACAAGUCGUACAACUACGGUCUUGUAGUCGCUGAUAUCGCGCAUAUGCCUGGUGGUAUAUGUGGUACCUGGCCUGCGUUCUGGAUGCUUGGUCCUGAUUGGCCCAACGGAGGAGAAAUCGACAUACUCGAAGGAGUGAACGAUCAGAUCGCCAACUUCCACACUCUACACACGGGACCUGGCUGCUCCAUCUCCAACAAUGGUGGCUUCUCCGGCAGCCUCACACAUUUUACCUGCGCUUCCAGCGGAGACGAGAACACCGGAUGUCAAAUCGCAGCAAGUGACAGCAAGAGCUAUGGCAGCGGCUUCAAUGCCAACGGUGGUGGAGUCUACGCCACAGAAUGGACAAGCUCCUGCAUCAAUAUCURGUUCUUCCCGCGAGGUUCCAUCCCGUCCGAUGUUCUCGGUAGCGACCCCAACCCAUCAACAUGGGGAGCUCCGACAGCGAAAUUCGAAGGAGAUUGCGAUAUGAGCAAAUCCUUCAGAGACCAACAGAUCGUAUUCGAUACCACCUUCUGCGGAGACUGGGCAGGAAACAACUGGUCGUCGAGUUCGUGCUCUAACAAAGCUGCUACUUGCGAUGCAUACGUGCAAAAUAACCCCGAGGCUUUCAGAGAGGCCUACUGGUCUAUCAAUGCCCUCAAAGUCUACAAACAGGGAGCAGCGGUCACCACCCCAGCGGCUCCGAGUUAUGCGACUUCGACAUCGAUACAUUACGUUACUCAGCCCAUUUCAAUAUCGCUUGGAUUGUCGUUGGGUCUGCCUUUACCAACCACCCUCGCACUGUCGACCAAGUCGGAGGGCUACGCACCUAUUGUGGGACCUGGGGGAGGUGUUGGUUACGCAAAACCUACGCCAAGCCCGGCUGCGCCUUCAAAUGCUGGAUACGCUCCUGUUGUUGGUGUCGGUGGGGUGAUUGGAGUUCAGGAGAAGGCUGCGUCGCCGAAGGAGGGUGGGUCGUGGUCUACUGAGAACGGCGCUGCGGUGUUCAUUGGAAAGGAGAAGAGACACGCAAACCAUUUGGGACGUCACAAGAGGCAUGGAGGUGGGAAAUUGUAG